CAGGCGACAAUAUUGGCCCCCGAGCGACGCCGUAGCCCCUGCCAAGCCAGCCCGGCCAACCUGUUCCAUUUCUCGCUGGAGGAAGAGAAAGGAGAGAAUCGGGUUACAAGAUGGCGGCUGUGUGAUCUGCUAGCAGGUCGGAGGAGGCUGGAGAAGGAGAUCGGGGAGAAGAGAAGCCAGCCGAGGAAUCGUCCGCUCUGAUACCAUCAGCCAUGAUCGGCGGCGGGGGGAGCCGGGAAUAGAGCGCUGCCGGGUGGAGAAGAGUGCGCCAUCAUGUCUGACACCAGGCGGAGGGUGAAGGUCUACACUCUGAACGAGGACCGCCAAUGGGACGACCGGGGCACCGGCCAUGUGUCGUCCACCUACGUGGACAGGCUGAAGGGGAUGUCUCUGCUGGUCCGGGCUGAGUCUGACGGUUCGUUGCUUUUAGAAUCAAAGAUAAAUCCAAAUACUGCAUAUCAGAAGCAGCAGGACACGCUGAUUGUUUGGUCUGAAGCAGAAAAUUAUGAUUUGGCUCUCAGCUUUCAAGAAAAGGCGGGCUGUGAUGAGAUCUGGGAAAAGAUAUGUCAGGUUCAAGGGAAAGACCCUUCCGUGGAAGUCACACAAGACCCCAUUGAUGAGUCGGAAGAGGAGCGCUUCGAGGAGAUGCCUGAAACUAGCAGCUUGAUUGAUCUUCCUAAUUGUGAAGUUGAUAAACUUGAAGAGAUCGCCGACCUUGUUACCUCAGUCCUAUCAUCACCAAUCCGUAGGGAAAAGCUAGCGCUAGCCUUGGAGAACGAGGGCUACAUCAAAAAGUUGUUGCAGCUUUUCCAAACCUGUGAAAACUUGGAUAACCCAGAAGGCUUGCACCAUUUAUAUGAGAUUAUUCGAGGAAUUCUGUUUCUCAAUAAAGCAACUCUGUUUGAGGUGAUGUUUUCGGACGAGUGCAUAAUGGAUGUUGUGGGGUGCCUGGAGUACGACCCAGCCUUGGCUCAGCCAAAAAGACAUCGAGAGUUUUUGACUAAAACGGCAAAGUUUAAAGAAGUAAUCCCCAUAACAGACUCUGAACUUAGGCAAAAGAUCCACCAAACGUACAGGGUACAGUACAUUCAAGAUGUCAUCUUGCCCACGCCAUCUGUAUUUGAAGACAAUUUUCUGUCUACACUCACGUCUUUCAUUUUCUUCAACAAAGUGGAGAUUGUCAGCAUGUUGCAGGAAGAUGAAAAGUUCUUGUCGGAAGUCUUUGCACAGUUGACCGAUGAAGCCACGGAUGAUGAAAAGCGGCGCGAGUUGGUCAGCUUCUUCAAAGAAUUCUGUGCGUUUUCGCAGACAUUGCAGCCUCAAAAUAGAGAUGCUUUCUUCAAAACGUUGGCAAACCUCGGAAUACUUCCGGCAUUAGAAAUUGUCAUGGGUAUGGACGAUUUACAAGUUAGAGCGGCCGCUACAGAUAUAUUUUCUUAUCUGGUAGAGUUUAGUCCUUCCAUGGUUCGAGAGUUUGUAAUGCAAGAAGCCCAGCAGAGUGAUGAUGACAUUCUUUUAAUUAACGUUGUAAUUGAGCAAAUGAUUUGUGAUACGGACCCGGAGCUUGGAGGAGCGGUUCAAUUAAUGGGACUCCUGAGGACCUUGAUAGACCCAGAAAACAUGUUAGCAACAGCUAAUGUAAGAACCUGCAAAUGGAAAACUGAGAAGAGCGAGUUCCUAAAUUUCUUCUACAACCAUUGUAUGCAAGUCCUCACUGCACCCCUCCUGGCCAAUACAUCUGAGGAUAAGCCAGAGAAAGGAGACACUGCUGUCACGUCGAAGGGUAGCACAAUUUGUCCAGAUAACUAUCAGACGGCCCAGCUGCUUGCAUUGAUUUUGGAGUUACUGACAUUUUGUGUGGAACACCAUACUUACCACAUCAAAAACUACAUCAUGAACAAGGACCUGCUCAGAAGAGUGUUAAUACUGAUGAACUCCAAACAUACCUUUUUAGCUCUCUGCGCCUUACGUUUUAUGAGGCGGAUAAUUGGUUUGAAAGAUGAAUUCUACAACCGUUACAUCAUAAAGGGAAACCUUUUUGAGCCAGUAAUUAAUGCCCUUCUGGACAAUGGUACUAGAUACAACCUGCUGAACUCUGCUAUAAUAGAACUAUUUGAGUUUAUCAGAGUGGAAGAUAUCAAGUCUCUGACGGCACAUAUAGUUGACAAUUUCUACAAGGAUCUCGAAUCUAUUGAAUAUGUCCAAACGUUCAAGGGCCUGAAAACCAAGUAUGAGCAAGAGAAAGAUCGGCAAAGUCAGAAGCUAAACAGUGUACCAUCUAUACUGCGCAGCAACAGAUUUCGGAGAGAUGCCAGAGCACUGGAUGAAGAUGAAGAAUUAUGGUUCAAUGAAGAUGAGGAGGAGGAAGGUGAAGCUGUUGUACCGCCUGUUGAAAAGUCUAAAGCAGAGGACGACUUUCCAGACAGUUACGAGAAAUUCAUGGAAACAAAAAAAGCUAAAGAGAGUGAAGACAAAGAAAAUCUUCUAAAAAGGACUUCAGUUGGUGGCUUUAAGUUCACUUUUUCUCACUCGGGCAGUUCGGCAAACGGAGCAAAUACUGCAAAUAGCAAAUCAGUGGCGGCUCAGACAGCAGCAGCAGGUUCUAAUGGCUCAUCUUCCAAAAACAUCAGCUUAACUACCACCGUAGCGUCUGCCAAGCAGGGAAGUCUUAUCGGCUUGGUGGAUUAUCCCGAUGACGAAGAGGAGGAGGAGGAAGAAGACACAUCCCCAAGAAAGAGACCACGGCUUGGAUCUUAAAGCGACACUCCUCAACAUUAGUUGUGGGUUAACACAGCAACUGAUGUCUGAGUGUUUAGUGCGAGUCAGGACAAUUCCCCUUGAACAAUAUGGAAGUAGCCAAACUCCGCUAGAAGGUUGUCGAAGCCAAGCUUUCCUGGGAGCCCUUCCAGCGAAUCCUUGUAGGGUUAAAGGGGUUUAAAUGAUGUGUUAGCAACGACAACCAAGAUGAUUGCUUCAGUGCGACUCCAGCAUCUUGCGUCUGGGAUGGGGAAGGAAUGGAUCAUUUAGAAGGACAUCAAUUUUAAUGUUGCAGGGUUACCCUAAAAUGUAUGUCAACUAGAUGAAUUAAAAGCGAAGCGCUCUCGGUUGCAUACUGGUAAUCUUAGUUUUUUAAUGGUGCUGGCCAUAGUGUUUUAUCAGUUGCCUAUUUUAUAUUAAAAGAAAAUAUA